GUCGAUAGCGACCAUAAAUGAUCCAUUCCCCCCUUGGCCUUUAUGGCCCCUUAGCGUGUUCGGCACAUGCAGGCGGAGUUUCCAUCUUCGAAUCAACGAAAAUCGACAAACAGCAAUCCGCAGCGGCCUCGGAGAUCGAGAUUCACGGGGUGGUUGGUAGGUGUGAACCACCGGCCUGAUUCAUCGUCUUCAAAUUCGCGUCGCUUCCCCAUCUCUAGUCGAGGAAAUGGCUGAUUCCAGGGUGUAUCACUUUGAUGAGGUCGCUAAGCACAACGUCGCCAAAGAUUGUUGGCUCAUCAUCGACGGAAAGGUUUAUGAUGUCACCCCAUUUAUAGAUGACCAUCCGGGAGGUGAUGAGGUUUUGCUUGCAGUAACUGGAAUGGAUGCGACCAACGAUUUUGAAGACAUUGGCCACAGCUCCACCGCCAGGGAUAUGAUGGCCAAAUACUACAUCGGCGAGAUAGAUCCUUCAACGGUUUCAGUGAAGCGCACCUACCUACAGCCUCAGCAAGCGCCCAACCCCGUCGAUAAACCAGCCGGCUUCCUGAUCAAAGUACUGCAAUUCCUCGUCCCCUUAUUGAUCCUGGGCUUAGCAUUCGCCGUUCGAAAGUUCACUAAAGCAGAUUAGGCUUGCUCAUUCUUGCAGUUCCUUUCCAAACUCCAUAGCUUCACUUGACAUUCAAACUGAUGAUAUCGAACUUUCUGUCGAAGUAUCUAUCUACUUGUGCUCGGUAGUGAUAAAUGCUAGCAAUGUCUGUUGUGUCGAAACCUACCAAAUCUAUGAGACGAUAGCAAUCCAAAUAAACUGCAUCGUGAUGCUUUAGCGGAGGAAGAACAACCCAA